UUGUGCUCGCAGGUGAAGCAUUCUUGUCAACCUAGUCCUGGUAUGUGAGCUAUUUCUGUACAUUCAUUUACAUGCUAAGUUUCACUUAUCAUUGCAAAUUCAUUCUCAUGACACAAUAUAAUCUAUAUGAUGGACGAGUUUAACCCUAUGAAUUGAUUUGCGAAAAUACAUUUCUUAUUGAAAUGCACCUGCAUAAACUGCAUAUAAAAAGUCACACGUUUAAUUCAGGGAAAAAAAAAUCUCAGAUGGGUUUGGGAGAUUUUGAUAUGAUGAGAUGAACCUUUUUGGCAAAAAUUCCAAGAGGUGCUAUAUGUGUGCACUGCUCAACAAGAUAAAAAAAACACACCCACACACACACACACAACAUGUAUUGUUUGACCCAUAAAUAGUUUAGUAAACUUUACUUCUUUUUUGUCAAGGAUUGACAACGCAUAACAACGUGACAAGUAUUACACUGUCAAACAUUUACAAGCAAUAAAAUCAAAACUACCCUUUAAAAAUUAUAAACCAUUCCAACGAUAUCCAACUCUACUGUCCAAAGAGUAAUUACAUAAGAAUGCAUGACGUGUGCUUGGUUCCAAAGACUGUGCAGCUGCUCACAGUUUGCAUUUUUCUUGCUCUGUCACACAUCAAAAUGCGAAAUACAUUCUGAUGAAUUGCUCACAAGAAUACUUUUUAAUUGUAAUUCUUUAUUACAGUCUUGCGCUGUCUACAUGGAGAUAUGGGGAGUCGACCGGACGUCAGUAAUGACAAGAACACCGGCUUGAACUUUGCUCACUACAUUGUAUCGUCAUCAGGGUCCGGCUGGGGCCAGGGAACGGUCCGCAUACUUGGAGCCAAAUAGAGAAUGGCAGGAAGGAGACGUAACAGAGGCGGCAACAACCAGCAACAGGCCCCGCAGAGACGAAGAGGAGCCUCAGGCCGGGCUUUGCGGGAGCCGGCUGUAUUUGCCAAGUCGACUGGUUGUGACUCAGACGUCCCCCAUGAAAAGUUAACCAUCGCUCAGGCGAAGAGGGGCACACCAGCUAAUAGGCCCGUACGGGUGUACGCUGAUGGUAUAUUUGAUCUUUUCCAUUCUGGACACGCCCGUGCGCUGAUGCAGGCCAAAAAUGUGUUUCCUAACACACACCUGAUUGUGGGAGUGUGCAGUGAUGAGCUGACACACAAAUUUAAGGGCUACACGGUGAUGACCGAGGACGAGCGUUACGACGCAUUAAGGCACUGUCGCUACGUCGACGAAGUGGUGCGAGAUGCUCCCUGGACCCUCAGCACGGAGUUCCUGAUGAAACACAAGAUCGAUUUUGUGGCCCAUGAUGACAUCCCUUACACCUCUGCUGGAUCAGAGGAUGUUUAUAAGCACAUCAAGGCUGCAGGAAUGUUUGUGGCCACCCAGAGGACAGAGGGCAUCUCAACGUCCGACCUGAUCACUCGCAUCGUGCGUGACUACGACAUCUACGUACGACGGAACCUGCAGAGAGGCUACACGGCCCGAGAGCUCAACGUUGGAUUCAUUAACGAGAAGAAAUAUCGCCUUCAGAACCAGGUGGAUAAGAUGAAAGAGACCGUCCGUACAGUUGAGGAGAAGUCCAAACAUUUUGUGUACCGAGUGGAGGAGAAGAGCCACGACCUCAUCCAUAAGUGGGAAGAGAAGUCACGGGAAUUCAUUGGCAACUUUCUGGAGCUUUUUGGACCAGAUGGCGCUUGGCAUGCUAUUCAGGAGCACAGCGGACGAAUGCUCCAGGCCUUGUCGCCUUACUCGUCCCCUCGUGGCUCCCCCAGCAGCAGUCCUACCAGAAUGCGUUCACGCUCUCCUGACUCCUCCCCAUCCUCGUCUAGAACUUCUCCCGCCUCCACAUCACCUACUGCCUCUCCAUCCACUCGCCGCCGUACCUGAAAUGGGAACACUUCUUCGUCAAGGCUACCUCUAUAUUUGGAAAAUAAUUUCCCAACGUUGGGUCUGUCUUUAAAUAUGAUUCUAAAUAUAGUUGAGGCGUUCAAAUUGACUUAAUUCAAUCUUGGCAUCAAAAUAAUGUAUUGUUGGUUUAUUUGAAUACAAGUGCAAGACAUUCAUAGUCAUGUUGUUUCCUCCACAAAGCAAAAGUGAUUAUUUUAUUUUGAAAUACAGUUUAAUUUGAAAUUUUGGUUAUGAAUUGAAAGAAACUCAAAUUAUGAAAUGAAAUGAUAUUUAAACAUUAUGCAGUUUACGUUCACAUCUACUGUAUUGUACAGUAAUUUCCCUGUAUGGAUAGCAACAAUUUAUGUUUUUAAUUGUAGGUACAUAAUGCAGUCAAUAUGUUUUUUUUAACGAAUUGGUGAAUAAAUAAAUAAAGAAAACUAGAAAUAUAUAGUUACAGGAAAGCGAGAA